CCCAGCCAAACAGCUGUUUCGCCCGCUUUUCGGCGCUAGCAAGCUUCAUAAAUUACCUGGCGAAAGUAAUAACUUAAAUUUACCUGGUACUAGACUAACAUUUUUACAAUUAAAUCAAAAUUAUGUGUUAAACGCGCGGUACUCGGUUCGUUAGAAAAGCACCUUUUUAAUAAUACAAUUGGAACAACCGAGGCCAAUCAGCUGUUGCGUAAUUUAAGCGACACGUUUUUUAAGACUCAAAAUUGGGGUGUAAUCACAGAGUGCCACACAUUUUACGUUCGUACCAAGGAGCAGGAAAAGGAACCAAACCAUGGCCAAGUACAUCGCCCAGAUCAUCGUCCUGGGCGCCCAAGCGGUGGGAAGGGCCUUCACCAAGGCGCUGCGCCAGGAGAUUGCCGCCUCGCAGGAAGCGGCACGUCGAGCGGGAGGUGGUCAGCAGGGCGACAAGAGCGCCGAGUCCAACCUUCGUACAGGCAUGACACUGGAGGAAGCCAAGCAAAUCCUGAACGUGGAGGACCCAAAGAACGUGGACGCCAUCAUCAAGAACUACGAGCACCUUUUCAAGGUGAACGAACGCUCCAACGGCGGCUCCUUCUACAUCCAGUCGAAGGUCUUCCGGGCCAAGGAGCGACUUGACCACGAGCUUAAAGCCCAGCAGACGCGACAGCCGCCAAAGCAGGAGGCGGCAGAAGCGACGGAGGAAGAGCCUCAAAGUAGGGCGAGGCAGCGGCGCUGAGAACCCAUUUUGCCUCGCAUCGAACUAAUUAGCUGAUAAUUGAUUUAAAAACUAUUUGUUAAGUACAAAAACCGAAAGUCUGUUGAUGUAAAUAGAGAUUUACGAACAUGAA